GCUCAAUUAGCAUAAGUACCACGUCAUUUUGAGUUGCGACUAUUUAUUUUAUUUUUUUCAAUAAAAAGCCUCCCCCCUUUUUUUUCCUAUCAACAUGUCAUAUUACGGAGACAGAGAUCGUGGUGAUCGUGAAAGAGGUGGAGAUCGAGCAAGACCCAAUCCUUGUCGACUUUAUGUGGGCAAUAUCAAUCGCUAUGUACGCGAACAAGACUUGAAAGAUAUUUUUUCUAGAUAUGGUAGAAUCAGAGACUUUAUCUUGAGAGACUAUUAUGCUUUUAUUGAAUUCGAUUCUAUUUACUUUAUCCUACAAAGACUGCUAGAGGCUGAUGAUGCUGCUAAGGAAUUGAAUGGCUACAGACUUGAAGAUGACAGACUGGUUGUCCAGGUUGCUAAUGUUGCUCGUAACCGUCUUGAACCCCGCGACCGUGAUAGUCGUCGUGAACGUGAGCGUGGUCGUGAGCGUGAGCGUGAUUACAGAUCAGACAGAGGUAGAAGAGAUGCACCUGCUACUGAUGGUAACGACAGAUGCUACAACUGUGGUGAAUUUGGACACAUGUAAGCUAUUAUGCCCUCUUUGCAUCGAUUUACUAACCUUCUUUUUUUUUUUACGCGUUUUUUUUAGUGCAAAUGAAUGGUAAGUAAAUUGAUACAUACAACAUAGACUAACCAUAUUGAUAGUUCUUUGCCCAAAGGAAGGUAUUGUAUUUAAUUUGAUUUGAUUCUUGUAGAGUGCUUAUAUGUGUUUAUGUAGUGGUGAGCGUGCGAUGAGAUUCCAAAAGGGUUGUUGUUUUGAAUGUGGUCAAUCUGGCCAUCGAGCCCGUGAUUGCCCGUAAGUCAAUAAGGAAAGGAUGAUUAUGUAUUCAUAUUGAUGAUAGUGAAAAAGGCAAUGGUGGAAAUUCAUCUAGAAGACGCCGAUCCCGCUC